UUGGCUCUAUCACAACUCACCGAGAGCUUGGUGACUUCUGGUCGUUGCCUCGAGUUAAAUAAUUUAUUUUCGAAUUUUAAGCUAAAAACACUUAGCUUUUAAAAACAGGAUCUAAAUAUAUAUAUUAUGGGGCCGUCAACCAACUUUAAAGUGCUAGUCACAUUAGUUUUGUUGCAAAUGAUCUAUUUAAUAUCGUUUUCACAGGCAUAUGUGUACAUGGUUGCUAAUGCAAAAAGUCAAGCUCAAGAAGAUAGCUGCUACGACGAAUCGCUACAAAUAAAUGUUCCUGUAAAUGAGGAACGACAGCGUCCCGGAAAAUGUGAAUCCAUGCGCUGCAGUGAUGAUUAUUCACUUCAUGUUGCUGGAUGUGGAGUUAUUGGGGUAGGACCUGGAAUGGUUUUAACUAAGACAGACUAUUCAAAACCGUAUCCAGAUUGCUGUCCCCAAGUGAAAAUGACCGCCGAAGAUUAAAAUCAAAACAUAAUGCUAAAAUGUGUCAUGAAUUUGAUCAUUUGUUCAAGUGAAUGAUUGCUAACCAGACCGCAUUUUAUUCUCGGAACAACGCAUAUACUAGAACAAAACAAAUCAUACUGAAUAAAAAAGUGCAAAACAUUAAA